CGGCGCGUACAAAUAACGUCAUCUCAACGUGCCGCUCAGUAACCGAUCCCCUCCGCUCCUGGUGACGGCAUCUCCCCGCGCAGCCCGGCCCGCCGCCAUGGCGGAGGUGAAGGUGAAGCCGGAGGUGCCCGACCCCGUGGACAUAGAGAGCAGGAUCAUUGAGCUGUGCCAGCAGUUCCCUCACGGCAUCACAGACCAGGUGAUCCAGAAUGACAUGCCGCACAUGGAGGCCCAGCAGCGAGCCAUGGCCAUCAACAGGCUGCUCUCCAUGGGGCAACUGGACCUUCUCAGGAGCAGCACAGGUCUCCUGUAUAGAAUCAAAGAGUCUCAAAAUGCAAGUAAAAUGAAAGGCUCUGACAAUCAAGAGAAGCUGGUUUACCAAAUCAUAGAAGAUGCAGGCAACAAAGGUAUUUGGAGCAGGGACAUCAGAUACAAAAGUAAUUUGCCUUUAACGGAGAUCAACAAGAUAUUGAAAAACUUGGAAAGCAAGAAACUAAUUAAAGCAGUGAAAUCUGUGGCAGCAUCCAAGAAGAAGGUGUAUAUGCUGUAUAACCUGCAGCCUGACCGAUCGGUGACUGGUGGGGCCUGGUACAGUGACCAGGACUUUGAGUCUGAAUUUGUGGAGGUGUUAAAUCAGCAGUGUUUUAAAUUUCUACAGAGUAAGGCAGAAGCGGCUCGAGAGAGCAAACAGAACCCUGUGAUACAGAGGAACAGCUCAUUUGCCUCCUCCCAUGAGGUGUGGAAAUACAUCUGUGAGCUGGGUAUCAGUAAGGUAGAAUUGUCAAUGGAAGACAUUGAAACCAUUUUAAAUACACUAAUAUACGAUGGAAAAGUGGAGAUGACUAUUAUUGCUGCAAAGGAAGGGACGGUCGGCAGUGUGGAUGGACAGAUGAAGUUGUACAGAGCUGUCAGUCCUCUCAUACAACCCACUGGAUUAGUCAGGACACCCUGUGGACUCUGUCCAGUUUUUGAUGAUUGCCAUGAAGGUGGUGAGAUUUCUCCAUCUAACUGUAUUUAUAUGACAGAAUGGCUGGAGUUUUAAGGUGAAAGAAAACUGUAAACUCGAUUCGUUCUUCACAGCUAAGAUGACAAAGCAGCUUCUGGUUGUGAGCUACUUCAAGAUGUGAAGUUCCUCUGGCUUUUUUCUUUUUAAGUAAACAUAAAGCUGCAGCACAUCAGCUGUGUGAGCAGUCCUGUAAGUGGACUGAAAAUCAAACAAGCAUUGAAGAUCAAGGCUGAACGUAGUUCCCAUCUUGUACAAAAUGUAAGUGCCUGACUUGAGAAGCACAACAGAACAGCUGUGUGGUGAGGCAUUGCAUUCAAGGAUUGUGUUGAAUACUCAACAGACGCUUACUUCGAAGGAAAAUAAGUCAUCAGCUGAUCAGAAGAACUUGCUAAGAAGCAUUGUCAAGAAUGAGAUCCUAAACUUUGCUUUCAGACUUAGAGUGCUGGUGGGAGCUUAAGACCUAAAGCUGACACUUUCUUCCCUAUGUAAAAUAGGAAUUGAUGAUUCUUUACCAUCGUUCUUACCUGCUAUGAUCUAUGAUUAAAACUGUAUUUGAUUUUUUUUCAUA